CUCUCACACGGGUGAGCCCCAAUUGUCCAUUCAUAGCACCACCACUCCCCUUUCUCAACCCUACCCUUUAUAGGCCCCACCACCGCAUACAAACCCCUUCCCCCUCCCUCCCACCCCUUCUCCUCUCUCAAUUUCUCCUCCUCUCCUCCGCCGCUCAGCCUCACACCACCUCCAGCAUAAACACUAGGGCGUGCAACCUCUAGCUAGCAUAUAUAAUUCAAUUUUCUUUAUGGACAAGAGUGAGAGGGAGACACACGACUUCAUGAACGUGGAGUCCUUCUCUCAGCUUCCUUUUAUCCGCCCUGCACCCGUCAAAGAAAAGGCCAUACGUCUCUUUGGCAUAGAAUUCGGAGGCAACGUAGUCGACUCUCAUGCAGUGGUUGAUGAGUCUGCAUCCGCCGAAACCAUUGAAGACACUGUAAAGGAAACCGAAAGUAGUGGAGAUAACAAUAGAAGAUUUGAGUGUCAUUACUGUUGUAGAAAUUUCCCUACUUCUCAAGCUUUGGGUGGCCAUCAAAACGCACACAAAAGAGAACGCCAACACGCAAAACGGGCUCAUCUUCAGUCGGCAAUGGUUCACAGUAGCCUCUCUGACGCUCAUAUUUAUGGGUUGGUGAACUACAGGAUAGGCUCAAAUCCUAACCCACCCAUGUCUCACCCUUCAUGGAAUAGCCACGCCAAUGGUUCUAGGUUUUAUGGUGGUCAUGGCUCCUACAGUCAGCAGCCCAUCAAUGGGAGUCCAUUAGGCUUGUGGCGGAUCCCAGCCGCUCACGGUAGUGCUACUCUUCAUAGAGACCGUUCUGUGCAUCCGUUGCCUUUAUUUGCCGGCGAGGAGUUGAAUCCCUCGCAGGUGGGUGGGUCUAGCGCGCAGGGACGUUAUGGAUACGAGUCAAAGCCAAACAUGCAAGACCAUGUGAGUUUAGAUCUUCAUCUGUAGUUCGAUAUAUAUAUAAUUUGAACAAAAUGAGAUAGUGAGAUUUCCAUUAGCUGCUAAUUAAAUCUUUAAUUUAUCCUGCAAAUUAGACAAUUCUAAUUAUGAACACCCAUUAAUCAUUCUAGUAUAAUUAAUUAAUUUUCUUGUAUAAAUGACAUGAUUCAUUGUAAUUAACUAAUUUAACAACAAAGAGAUAGCUUUUUAAUUGAUUUAAUUAAAAAUUAAAUAAUUAAAAUAUAGUCGGAGAAAUCCAUUGGAGCUUCUUGAUGUAUGUUCAGUUGUCUGUUUACACUUCAGAGUUCGUCACACGUGUGAGGAAUAUGUAUAUUCAAAUUGGGUAUCAGUUAACAGUGCAUGAAGGUUGUGUAGAUAAACACGUGUGCAUGUAUCUAUCUGUUGUUCAUCAGACGAGUUGAUUAAUAAUGUUCUAGGUGGGUUUUGAUCCAGUGCAAGUGCUCCAAAUAACAAAGAUGAAAAAGGACGAUUAGAUGAUGAUAAGGGUUUUCAUAUGUGUAGUGAUCUGCUGAUAAAAAUGCAGAAAGAAAACGAUAUUUCCUUGACAAUUUGCUGCACAAAGAGCUUGAUGAAGAGCCAAACUUUAAUGCACACACAAACAAACAUUAAUAUGUAUUGUCCUUUUAUUUUUUUUU